AUGAACAGCGGAGUUCGCCUGUGCGUGCUGAUGGCGGUACUGGCUGCGGGCGCCCUGGCGCAGCCCGCGCCCCCGGCGGACCCAGCGGGUCCUGGAGUGCCGCGGCCAGAAGAGGCGCCUCGGAGGCCCCUGAGGGUAUUGCAGAGGGUGGACGGAGAGCCCAGAGCGCACCUGGGAGCGCUGUUGGCCAGAUAUAUCCAGCAGGCCCGGAAAGCUCCUUCUGGCCGGAUGUCCAUCAUUAAGAACCUGCAGGGCUUGGACCCCAGCCACAGAAUAAGUGACCGGGACUACAUGGGCUGGAUGGAUUUUGGCCGCCGCAGUGCUGAGGAGUAUGAGUACCCCUUCUAG